GCCGACCGCGCCGCCGCCCGAGCCGCGCCUGCCCGGGCCCAGGGAGGGCGGGAGGGAGGAGGCAAGCAGGGAGGGCGCUGCGUCCGGCUCGGUGUCCGAGGCUCCGGCCCGGCUGCACCCCGUGCGGUGUUCGCCGUGAUGAAGCGCCCUUGCGAGGAGACGACCUCUGAGAGCGACAUGGACGAGACCAUCGACGUGGGGAGCGAGAACAAUUACUCGGGACAAAGUACUAGCUCUGUGAUUAGAUCGAAUUCUCCAACAACGACAUCUCAGAUUAUGGCAAGAAAGAAAAGGAGAGGGAUAAUAGAGAAAAGGCGUCGAGAUCGGAUAAAUAACAGUUUAUCUGAGCUGAGACGACUGGUGCCAACCGCUUUUGAAAAACAAGGAUCUGCAAAGUUAGAAAAAGCUGAAAUACUGCAAAUGACAGUUGAUCAUUUAAAGAUGCUCCAGGCAACUGGGGGUAAAGGCUACUUUGACGCCCACGCUCUUGCCAUGGACUUCAUGAGCAUUGGAUUCCGAGAGUGCUUAACCGAAGUGGCAAGGUACCUGAGCUCUGUGGAAGGCCUGGACUCCUCCGAUCCACUGCGGGUGCGCCUGGUCUCUCAUCUCAGCACGUGUGCCUCACAGCGAGAGGCGGCGGCAAUGACCUCGUCUCUGGCCCACCACCAUCACCCCCUGCAUCCGCACCACUGGGCGGCGGCCUUCCACCACCUUCCGGCAGCCCUGCUCCAACCCAGCGGACUCCACGCCUCGGAGCCCACGCCUUGCCGCCUCUCCACCACUUCAGAAGUGCCUCCCGCCCACGGCUCCACCCUCCUCACGGCCACGUUUGCCCACGCAGACUCUGCCCUUCGGAUGCCGUCAACAGGCAGUGUCGCCCCCUGUGUGCCGCCUCUCUCCACUUCUCUCUUGUCCCUCUCAGCCACUGUCCACGCGGCCGCUGCAGCAGCCACGGCAGCUGCGCACAGCUUCCCUCUGUCCUUCGCUGGGGCGUUCCCCAUGCUCCCCCCAAACGCAGCUGCAGCAGUGGCAGCUGCCACAGCCAUCAGCCCUCCCUUGUCGGUAUCAGCCACGUCCAGCCCUCAGCAGACAAGCAGUGGAACAAACAGUAAACCUUACCGACCCUGGGGGACAGAAGUGGGAGCUUUUUAAGUUUUCAUUGAACUUCUUGCAGUAGUAACUGAAUGUCCUUCAUUUCAGAGUCAGCUUAAAACCUCUGCACCCUGAAAGUAGCCAUACAGAUGUCUGCGGAUCCACAAAGGAACAAUAAAGCUAUUUGAGACACAAACCUCAGAAGUGGAAAUGUGGUAUUAUCUUUUUUCUCUGUUUUGGUUUAAGGCAAUUUGGUAACUGACAUCAGCAACUUUUGAAAAUGUCACACUUGUUUUCAUUUAGAAGUCUCCUGGAAAAUAUAUGGACUGAACCAUCCAGCAGUGCAUCACGAUGUCUGAAUUGGGGAAGAAAAAUGCCCUGACUGAAUUUUCUUGAAACUAAAUGGAAAAAAAAAUAUUCGUGUUUCAUAAGUGCCUGAGCUAGUAAAGUUUUCUUUUGAACAUACAACGUUGCACAAGUAAAGAAGAGCAUAGAGGUUAGGUUAAGAAAGGAUAAGGGACAGAAGUCUUGCAUUAGGCUGCAGACAUUUUAGUACAAAUACCAGAAAAGAGCACUCUGUUGAAAUCAACAGGUUUUUAUUGGCCAAAAGGAUUGCUGAAAGUAAUUUUCAAGUUGAGAAACCUAGUUUUAUCUUAGUUUGCUUUUUAUGUACAAACUUGCCAAGUUGUGACAUUUAACAAUGUAUUAGUAUAAGCAAUUAUUACGUCAGUGCUCAGAUUAACAAGCAUUUCUGCCCUGCCUGCAAACCCCCAGGCACUUUUUUUUUUUAUGGCUCAAAAUAUGGUGCUUCUUUAUAUAAAACAUGCAUUUAUAGAGUGUACCUAGAAGCAGUUGCCUACUGUGUGCCCACCAGAGGCUAUCUGACUCAUGCCAACUUGAAAACUCUCCAGUUUGUAAAAGUUUAAUUUAUUCAGUUUCAUUUGGACUAUUUUUGCAUAUUUAUCCUCUUCAUUUCAUCCCGAUAACAUGUAAAAUCUAGUCUUGUCACCUUUUGGGGAGAAGUUGCAUUUCUGGAAGUGGUGAGGCAGGGAGAGAACAAUGGGAAGAGAAAAGCCACGAUUUUUAAAUGUCCUUUGUCAAGCUUGUGAUUGUAUUUGAUCCCAAAUCAAGAUGAAUGUAUGCAAUGGGAUGUACAUAAAUUAUUUUUGUCCAUGCCUAGACUAGUGCUACAUAAUGGUGUUUUGGUUUUGUUGUUUUUAUUUUGUUUAAUGACAAAAUAAUCUCUUAAUACUUUGAAAUUGAGCACGUGAGAAUUUAUGUUUGAAAGACAAAGACACAGCAUGUAUUAUUAUGCACUUCAUUUCUCUGCUGUGUGGAGAAAGCAAUAAACAUUAUGAGAAUGUUAAACAUUAUGCAAAAUUAUACUUUUAAAUAUUUGUUUUAAA